CAGCUUCAGGAAGAUCUGGAGAGGUUCUUGCUUCAACAGUGAUUGAACGGAACUUUGAUCCCGUCGAAAUAUUUUUUUUUGUUCAGCGAUAUUGGUAAUACAACAAUAAAACCCGCAGAGAUGGAAACUUGUCAGAUCCGCCAGAACUACGACAGCGACUGCGAGGCUUUGAUCAACAAGAUGAUCAAUCUGGAGCUUUACGCUGGAUAUACCUACACCUCCAUGGCUCACUACUUCGAACGGGACGAUGUGGCUCUUCCUGGAUUUGCCAAGUUCUUCAAGAAGAACAGCGAGGAGGAGCGCGAACAUGCUGAGAAAUUCAUGGAGUUCCAGAACAAGAGAGGUGGACGCAUUGUCCUUCAGGACAUCAAGAAGCCUGAUCGUGAUGUGUGGGACAACGGACUGACUGCUAUGCAGUGUGCUCUUCAGCUGGAGAAGAACGUCAACCAGGCUCUGCUGGACCUGCAUAAAGUCACUUCUCAGAAGGGAGACCCUCAUCUGUGUGAUUUCCUGGAGACUCACUACCUGGAUGAGCAGGUUGAGGCCAUCAAGAAGCUUGGUGACCACAUCACUAACCUCUCCAAGAUGGAUGCUGGAAACAACAGGAUGGCGGAGUACCUGUUUGACAAGCACACCCUGGACAGCUAAAUACAGACCUCUGAUCAUCUGCAUGCUCCAAUGUGGCCCUCUAUUAUAUGCUGUUUUAAGGGUACAAUAUGCCUAUGACACAGCUCUUAUCUAAAACUAUUUCAACAGCUAAAAGGUUUAAAUCAAGUUAUUAUUAUAAAAUGGUGCGGUUUUACUAGUUCUGUUCAUGUUAUUAUCUCUUGAUGUACACUAAUUGUGUUGGUGAAUUUGAUGAAUAAACCUUUUGG